AGUAACCAAAGAACUCAGCAGACCGGGGGGGAGGGGGGGCUGGAGAAAAAGCGGCCACUGGAGCCCUGAAGGCGGCCAGCCUGCCUCCCAGCAAAGCUUUUAGGCUUCAGUAGGGAAUGCAAGAAGCCCAAAAUGGGGAAGAACUGGGAGCAGAAGAGAAAGAGUUGGAGGAACUGGGAGGCAUCAAUGAACAACUAAUAAGGAAACACCAGCUGCCACUCUCAGCACAGUCAGCCUUCAGCUAUGUUCCCCCCCAACGCAAAGAUCCCCCUGAACUCAGCUACUUUCACCAAGAGAGCAAGGUGCGUAGAGCAGAGGGGAAGGAGCAGUUGUGAGGAGGAAGGAAUCCAGUUUUGAACUGGUUUCACUGAAGGAACAAAGUGGGAAGGAGGGGGAGAGAGUGAAAGGCAACUCAAAACUUUAAGCAGCUAAAAGCAGCUAAUAGGGAGCCAGUGUGGUGUAGUGGUUGAGAGCGGUGGACUCGUAAUCUGGGGAACCGGGUUCGCGUCUCCGCUCCUCCACUUGCAGCUGCUGGGUGACCUUGGGCCAGUCACACUUCCUUGAAGUCUCUCAGCCCCACUCACCUCACAGAGUGUUUGUUGUGGGGGAGGAAGGGAAAGGAGAUUGUGAGCCGCUUUGAGACUCCUUAGGGUAGUGAUAAAGCGGGAUAUCAAAUCCAAACUCUUCUUCUUCUAGCAAAUUCUCUAUUAGAAGUUAUAUCUGUGCUACAGGUAAUUUCUCAAUAUUUGCACACACACAACCUUCCAUUGGUGCCAGCUCUGGACUGUUCCAUGUGGAAAACGACUUGUCCAGACUUCCACUUGUCCUGUGCCAAGAAAGCAUGGGUCCAAGCGGUUUUCUGUUUGUCCUUCCACUUUCCCUGGGAAAACCCAACCUUUACUGCUCAAUCCCUGGAAAACCUGACUGCUGUUUGUUCAGUGGUAAAGUUCAGCUUUCCCUGGGGAAAAGUGGUGGGAGAAGUGGAAGUCUGCAUGAGCCCUAAGUGGUAAAAUGAGGGUCAUGUGUCUGCUUUUUCUCCCUCACAAGGAAUAGUCUGUAUUUGUCCUUGGAGUCAUUCUGCUGGUUCUUGUUUCCUUAGACUCUUGUUUCUUCUUACUCCUUUCCUAGAUCCUUCUGUUUACAGUCCCCCCCUCUGGGAUCUGAGCUUUUCUGUCCCUUAGGAGAGUUCUGUGUCUUAGGAGGUCACUAUCAAGAGGCUUCAGUGGCCUCCAUCUUCACAAAAGCUCUUAAACGUAUUACAUGAUACAUUAAUUGGGAAGAAGCGUGUUGCCCUGACCUGUGUGGGACAUGUGUAGCAAUGCCAAAGGCAGUGCUCCAAUCUAUGCGCAGUUCUCGGCUCCAGAUCGAUUUUCAGCAUCAGGGCUGAAUGUUAAAGCUAUGUGGUGCUGCCGUCAUGAAAAGCGCACGUGGGCAUUGUGCUCACAGCAGACUCAACCAAACCUCAUUAUAUCUGUCAGUUUUAUUGGUAUGAUUCUUUGUAACCUGUGUCAUCUUGUCAGUUAACGGCAUGGCAUUUCUUCCCCCCUUUAUUUUUAAGCCAGGAAUUGUUUCCCUGUACGACUGCAUCUUUAAAAGACCCAUGGGCUAUGACGAAAAACUCCACCGCUGUGACAGAGAACACGCCAAAAGCAGAGGACUUCAUAUUAAUGAUGAGGUGACCAAAUUGAUGAUCUCUUGACUGGGCUGCAGUUUGACGGCAAUCACUAUUUGCUCAUCUUUCUGUUCUCCCAGUCAUGAGAACUGCAGCUCCCCUCCUCCUUGGCCACUGGCCAUGCCGGCUGGUGCUGGUGGGAGUGGCAGUUCAUCAAUAGCCGGGGAGCCACAGGCUGCCACACCUGCUGCAAAGUGCUUUACAAAUGCUAAGUAUCGUGUAGGUUUGAGGAGGCGACAAGAACAGCUAGUGGUCACUCUGAGCCCACUUCAUGGACCAUAGCUGUGUCAAUUUUAUGAAUGCUCCUCUCUCUCACCAGCAACAGUAAUGAUACUAAAGACUAUAGACAGUAAAGGACACUGACAAUGAAGUGCACCUAGAGGAGGGCAACCAGGAGCACCAAGAACACAAAUGCAAACCCAAAGCACAGUCCCAUGAAACACCCACCACCAUUUAUAGAAGCAAAGAGUUGGAAGGGCCUCCCGGGGUCGUCUAGUUCAGCCCCCUGCAAUGCAGAAAUCUUGGCAGUUUCCCCCAUCCAAAUUUAAACCAGACCAGACCCUGCUUAGCUUUGCAAAUGUGCUAGCAAUUUCAUUGCUGCACCACUAGGAGGACACAGGCCUGUCCCUCCACCCCCACCCUGUCCCCCUCCACCCUGUUCCACCUUUGCUCUAGAUGUGGAUCAAAAGUGGGAAGGCACCUGGCAGAAUGAUACCACAAGAUGGGCAGGGAGCGGAGGAAAGAACAUUUUGGCAGCAGCCCUGCACUAACCACCAGUUUCACCCUCUUGCCAUACUCAGAAAUAACAUCUAACAUUUCUUAACAGGAAAAAGCAAGGCCUAUGGCAGUCUUGUCCUCCUCUGAAUAUGGGCGACGCAUAGACAAGCCCGUGGAGCAGCUGGUCCGAGACCAUGUGCGCAUUAAACACGUUCAGGCGGAAUUCUACAGGAAAAACGGAAUAGCUUGCUUGAUAGAAAAAUCAUCCAGAAACAUUGAAGCAACCUAAGGCUACUUGUUGUGAUUGAUAGCAGGGAAGAAAUAAUGUGCCUGGGUUUUGUUUCUGUAUUAUUUCCUGUACUGUGCUACUGGGAUUUUGGGGAAAAUCCAAUAUUGCAUCAGAUCAUCUGAUGAAUUCUUUGCAGGGUUGCUAAAUUAAGUGAGGCAUGUUUUACUUGAAUGUGCCUGUAACAUGGCAACAUUUAUGCAACGAGCAGCUCACAACAGCAUUCUACAAGGAGCAUUAGCUCAUAAUACAAUAUUCGGGGAAGAGGGUGCAGUUGCUCCCAUGACAAGGGGGUUUCCGCUUUUUUCAGUGCAUCCUGCUUGCUAAAGCAGCCAUGUGCUUGUCUGUGAGUACUACACUCAACCAUUUCUUAUGACAUGCUAAUAAUAUGCAGGUUAGAGCUUUGAUUCACAAAUCAAUGGAUGUUAGAUCACAAAUGAAGGUGCUGACAACAUGCUUUUGCUUAAUGUGUCUUUUCUCCCCUCAUUCUUGGAAACAAAACCUUGUUGCAUAUCUCAUCGUUACCAUGUCUUAUAGUGUUAACAGCUUAGUAUAGCUAGAAAGCAAAAUUCUUCAUCCAUGCAUUCAGAAUGCUCAGAUAAUGAUAAAUCUGCAAAAUAAAAAAGCUUAGGAAAAGAUAUGCAUUUAUUUGACAGUACAGUAUGCACAUCAUGAUUCACAGAGCCAAAGGCAGCCCACCAAACUUGGGCUGGAGCUGUGUCCAAGUUCAGGGGUCACCAAUCUCACAUUCAGAGGUGUUAUGGCGCCUGCAAAGGCCUUCUUUGCUGCAUCUGGGAUGAACCAUAAUCCCCAGAUUCAUUUUUAAGAAAAGCUUAUAGUAUUUUAG